AUGGUGGAUAACUCCAGCAGUAGUAAGGCGCAAAUGCCCAGCAUGUCUCAGGAGCCCAGUGUAGCCUUUCCUCAGAGCGCCCCAUCAGGGGGGAUGAAGCUGGAGGCGGUGAUGGAGCAACUUCAGCGCCAGCAGCAAGCUCGGCUGGAGAUGGAACGCAAGGACAGGAAGCUGCGCGAGGCCCACAUCAUGUACGCUCAACAGGUGGCCGCUCAGCAGGCCAUCCUGGCGGCCGCCCGCGCGUCGGGAGCCAACUUCAUGGGCAAGGGCCUGGCCGGAGUGGUGCCGCCCCCGCCGCCGCCUCCCCGCGUGUCUAAUCAGAGCAGCGUAGACUCCGAGAAGGAGGACGACGAGGACCGGGGCCGCGACUCGGCCGACGAGGACGACGACGCCGAGAUGAUGGACGGCGACGAACGCAGCGACGAGGACGAGGGCGGCGCGGUCGGCGGCCUGGAGUUCCUCCGCAAGCAGACGCUGGCGCUGCAGCAGAGCGCCGGCCGCAUGCCCCCCGUCCGACCUUACGGCAGCUUCGCCGCCUCGGCCCCUCAGAGGCCGCCGUCCCCGCCCAUCAGGGUCAAGCAGGAACCCGACGAGGGCCUGUCGCCCGCUGGCGCUCACCCGGCCACCUCCCCCAACGGCCAGGCCGACUGGAGCUUUGAAGACCACUUCAGACAGAAUGGAAGCGCAAGUUGGGCGGAUGAGGCGGACAGUAACAGAGGAAGAGGAGAAGCCUCCAGAGACUUUGCCAAGUUGUACGAGUUGGACAAUGAUCCAAAACGGAAGGAGUUCUUGGAUGAUCUCUUUACCUUCAUGCAGAAAAGAGGCACGCCUGUCAACCGUAUUCCCAUCAUGGCCAAACAAGUGCUGGAUCUGUAUAUGCUCUACAAGCUGGUGACGGAGAAGGGAGGCCUAGUGGAGGUUAUCAACAAGAAGAUUUGGAGGGAGAUCACCAAGGGGCUCAACUUGCCCACCUCUAUCACCAGCGCCGCGUUCACCCUGCGCACACAGUACAUGAAGUAUUUGUACCCGUACGAGUGCGAGCGUAAGGGCCUGAGCUCCCCCGGCGAGCUUCAGGCGGCCAUCGACAGCAACCGCCGCGAGGGCCGCCGCCCAAGCUACAGCAGCAGCCUAUUCCGCUUCUCGCCGUCGCCCAGCGCCGCCCCGCACAUCCUCUCGCCUCCCAAGAUGCACCUCUCCGCCAUCGGGCCCGGCACCUCUGCGGCCCUCAACGGCCUGCAGGGCUCACCGGGGUCAAUUUUGAAGAAAGACGACCUGACUCCCUCCAUCAUGGCGGCCCGACCCUCCGUGGCCCUGGCACUGGGGCAGCAGCAGGUGGCGGGCCUGGCGCGCGCCGCUACGCUGGAGCAGCUCCGAGAGAAGCUGGAAACCACCGGGGGCGGCGUGGGAGAGGGUCCCGAGAGGAAGAUGGCCCGUCUGGCCGAGGAGCAGCAGCGCCUCAUGCAGCAAGCUUUUCAGCACAACCUGCUGGCUAUGGCCUCGCAGAUGCCAAUGAACUUGCGCCUCGGGGCCCCCGCCAUCACCCAGAGAGAUGAGAAGCAGCAGGACAUGUCUCUGAGCAUUUCCACUAAUGGCAAUGCUAGCAUUACAGUCUCUGUGGAGGUCAAUGGCACAAUGUACUCAGGAACACUCUUUGCCCAGAAGGCCGGAGGCCUGUUGGGUCCCGCCGUGUCGGCCGCCGCCUCAGCUUCCACCAGCGCCGGCUUCGGCUUCUCUGCACCGCCGAGACAGAACCUCAGCCCCGCCUCCUCCUCCUCCCCGCCUUCCUCCAAGGCCCCCAGUUCGGCCGAGCCGGGCCCCAACGGGUCGCCCUAA